AUAUCCAAUCUUCAUAGCUAGCCGUCGAGCCAAUAGUCCUGAACCGUACCAUAAUUUUCCGAGCUACGAACCAUCCGAUUCCUUUCCUACAGAGGAUCUAGACUACAUCCACAGACCCUGGUCAAGGACUCAAGGGUCAUGCAUAAACAAAUUCGCAAAUGGCAAUUCCUUCCGACACUUUGCUUACCCCCUCACUGGAAAUCGCAACACUUACAAAAACACGUGCUCUGUUCUUCUCUGUUUUUUCGGAACUAUUACAGCAUUACAAUAACAAAAAACUCCUUUUUCUUCAUUCAAUUCCAAACCCCAACUCACGUUUUGCACAAAUUCCACCCUUCUUCCUCCCCAUCAGCUCAAUCUUCACGUUCUCCAUAUUCUUCGUACUCUCACUUUCCCAUGAAUUCUAGGGUUUUGUCUCGUUUCCCAGAUCUAUAAUUGUCUUAAUUCUGCAAGCAAUUCCUUUCUAUUUUAAGAUCCGAUUAUUUUAACUUAUUACUGUAUCUGGGUUUGAUUUCGUUUUAUAGUUGUUAGUUUCUGUAAUUAUUUUAAAAGGGGAGAAAUGGAAGAUUGUGAUGGUAAAGUCAGGUUAGAGAGAUUAUCAAUCGAAGGAUCUAGAGAUACCCAGAUGGAAAAUCCAAUUGACUUGGGUACCCAAUUGAAUUAUCAGUUUCGUUCAAUGAGUGUUUUGCAGAUUUUGAGAGAAACAGUGAGAAUUCUGAGGUAUAACUGUGGUGGAUUUAUGGGGAUUGCAGCAUUGUUAAUUUGUCCUGUAUCUGCUGUUCAGUUGUCAAAUUUGUUAGUUGAUCAUACUAUUGUGAGAAGAUUGAGUAUUAGGUUGUCAUUGAUUGCUAGAGCUAGUGGUUUACCUCUUAGUCCUGUUGUUAAGCAAUCAUGUCAAAAGUUUGCUGACUUAGCUGUUUCUACUGCUGUGUGCUUCUUUUUGUAUGUCACAUUGUCACUUGUAUCGAAAGCGGCUGUUGUGUAUUCGGUUGAUUGUACUUACUCGAAGAAACAAUUUGAUGCCUCGAAGUUCUGUGUGAUUGUUAGGAAGUUAUGGAGGCGGGUUGUUGUGACUUAUGUAUGGGCUUGUAUGAUGAUUGUUGGAGUUGUUACUCUGUUCAUUGUUAUUCUUGUUGCUGUUUGUAAUGUGUUCUUGAUAUCUGGGUUUGUACCGGAUUUAGUUGUCUACCCAGGCAUGGUUUUUGGGCUUGUUUUCUCUGUGGUAUUUGCAAAUGUUAUAAUUCUUUGCAAUGUUGCGGUUGUGAUCUCGGUCUUGGAGGAUGCUUCUGGACCUCAGGCAUUAUUGAGGUCUUUUGUUCUGAUUAGAGGUCAGACUCAAGUGGGGCUUCUUAUGUAUUUGGUGUCGACAAUAGGGAUGGCAUUUGUACAAGGAUUGUUUGAGCACAGGGUGAAGACUUUGAGCUAUGGAGAUGGGUCAUCUAGAAUAUGGGAAGGGCCACUUUUGGUGAUCAUGUAUUCCUUUGUAGUGCUUAUUGACUACAUGAUGACUGCAGUUUUCUACUUUAGCUGUCGGUCAUAUAGUUUGGAGGCUGCUAAUGAAGAAGCUCAGUCACUUUUAGAAAUGGCUACUGCAACCCCGAAAGCAAACCCUGUUGAUAAUGAGAAUCAAGCUAAUUGAAUGGUUUGUUUUGACAUAAGCCUCUUUUGAGAUCCAAAUGUAACCUAUCUCGUGACCUAACGAAAAAGAAGGUGAAGUGAAUUGAACUUCUGAUAGUACAUCUUGGGGAAAGGAUGCUGUGACUCGUGUAGUAGAAUGCCAGCGAUGGUUUCGAUUGUUGAGUAUACAAAUUUUGUAAGCCUGGCUUUCUGCCUCGGCACUAUGUGACCUGUGAACAAUGAACAUAAAGGAUGAUGUGCAUGAGGAAUGAUUUCUGCUGAAAAUCGGUAACUAAUGUUUUUCUAGGUUUAAGUUAUACAUCUUAUUAUUUUACAUUCUGGGUAUUUGGUAACUAGAAUGUAGCUUUCCCCCAAGAUCGAUUUGGUAUACAUGUAUGUUUUAUUUGUCUCCAUUGAUAAUGCAAUAAAAUCCUAGUUAUCCCUGAAAUAAUGUUAUUCGAUGUGCUACAUUCAUAGUUUUAUCUAUGCUCAAUUUUCUUGUAGCAUGCUUCCUAGUUUUGUUUAAAGUUGACUCCAAUCUAACAUUAAGUGAAUAUGAGGGUUGCUGAUCUCUUUAUCAUAAGCAGAUAUACCUCCUUGAUCCAGGAUUUAUGAUGGUUUCUCUUAUUAUACUUGUUACCUUAGCAUCUGAUUGUUCUGUGCUUGAUCCUGUGAACGUAAACCAUUAAUGAACCACAGUGUUUUUCUUCAUACUCUCGCUGCUUCCUAAAAUUUUGCAAUUUUACAUGGUAAACUUAUUACAGAAUUUAGGCGUCUUCUUAUGAUGAAUUGAUAAUGUUAUGCACUAUGGAUUGACUAUGCACAUUGCACAAACAACUACAAAGCCAGCUUUGACAAAAAUGAUCUUAUACUCCUAUUGAUUCGAAAUGUUCUCUUAAGGUAUUAGUCUCCUAAGACUUAUCUUGAUAGAAGUCUCAAUAAUUUAUCGGGUGAUAGGCUUACAAUUCUAACUAGUAAUAUUUUUAUGCUGAUAGACUUAUGUUGAUAGACUUAUAUUGAUAGUAGUCUCCAAUGCUUUCUGGUCGACAGGCCUGUAGUACUAACUUGCAGUGAUAGGUACAAUAUUGCUUUGGUCUCUGCCUCCUGCAGAAGACAGGUAAUUUUUCCGAGAGGAAGUUAACUUCUUGUUUGAAAAGUUACUUUACGCAAUAUCCAUUAUCAUCUACAUCGGCUUCUGCAUGCCAGUGGAAAAUUAUGUUCAAUCCUUGCAGAGUUUUGCCUUAAGCAGACAAAGUACGAGUAAGAUAUUUUAUUUUACCUUUGUUCCUUGCCCCUAUGUCACAGAUGCGGUUAGUACUUGUUCAAGUUCUUUGUUGUCUGCAUCUUUUUUCUAAUUAUUGACUGGAGCAUUAUAUUUAUAUUAUAUAUAUGGGGGUUGUUAGGUUGGCUAAGUAGUACAGUUUACCAUAUAUGUAAACCAUCCAUUGGGAAGUAGGAAAUCUUUGAGUUUGGUUGAUAAAAUGGGAACCACAGGAAGUGUAACUUUUUGGGAAAUCUUACUUAGAGGAAGUUGCUUACGUAGUUCCAAGUAAAGUGGGAUAUCAUCCCACAUCAACUUGAAAAUGAUGCAUGCUCAUACUAGUGAGAGAGAAAUAAAAAAAGGACAAAGGUUAAUAAUGGGAAAUUAUGGCUAAUAUGGUUUGGUUGUUGCUGUAAUUUCAUGAAUAAAUGCUGUUGGUUUUGGGUUGCUUUGAAGAUGUUGUGGUGUUAAAAAGGGUUUAAAGGGUAAUUUAAAAUAAUGGUAAUCCUGUUGAGGUUAUAGACUUAUAGUCUUAGUGGUGUAAAACGGAGAAGGGAAAAAAGAAGAUUGAAUUUGUUCUAUAUCCAAAUUCUUGGUCUAAACAUAAUCUUGCCAUCUUUAUUGGCAACGACUGUUCAUUGUGUCUAGAAUUAGUCCAAUGUUCUGCUAUAAUGAUUCAUAUCUGCGAAUAGAAAGGUUUAACGUCAAAGGGAAGGGGAAGAGGGGCAUCCUUUAUUUUUAUUGAAGGGGAAGGAGGAGAUGAAAAUUGAUACGUAGUAAACUUUGUUAAUAAUGUUGACAGUUUUGCUUACAGAGAUGAAGUCAAAAGUCGAAGCUAAUGCUCGAACAAUUUAUGAUGUACCUGUAAAAGUUAUAAGUAUAGGAAUACUGUUAACAAAAAAGGUCCGCUUCAAGCCUAGGGGCUGGGGCAAACCACUUUUAGGCCGAAAAACGCAUGCAAAACCCGCUUAAAUCGGGAUGAUCCAGAGCAUGCUAUUGUACUGAUCUGGCACGUAGAAUCAGGCCCAAGAAUUCUGUCCAAACCUGGAUGAUUUCAAGCCAGGCCAAUUUUGAUAUGAUAAGUUUCAGCUAAACUAAGGACUCUAUCUGUUUUUAUCCAUAAAACUUAGAUUUUGUGCUUAGAUUGGGAAGGGGAUGUUUUAGGCUUAUCUUUGGCAGUAGGUGCUAACUUGAUAGAAGAUAUAAAAUUAAUAUACUUGAAAUUGAAUAAUAUUGUUAUUAGGAUUCUUUAGGCUUUAAUUAUACAAGUUGGUAUUAUGUGCUUACAAAUUUUUAUUGCAGUGAGUUUGUGAUGAUUUGAAGUCCAUUUACAAGAUUUAAAUGACAUGUUGAACGUAUUAUUCGUACGCGUUUAAGAUUGGUUUUUGGGAUUACAAUACGCUUUGUUAUGAUAUAUUUGUGUAAAUAAGAUAUAUAAUUGUGCAUAUAUUUGUGUAUAUCCUUUGUUAGGAAUUUUUGAUAAGUUAUAUAUAUUGGUGGUUUAUGGUAAAUGAGCCGUUUAACAGGUUCCCAUUUAUCUGAAAUCAUCAUGGAAACUACAAUUACUGCUUAUCAUAUUCAUAUACCAGAAGACAUAAUUCUCCAGAUUCUACCAAAUCUCCCCUCGAAAUCCUUGCUGAGAUUCCGAAGCGUUUGCAAGUCUUGGUACACUCCCAUUACCCACAGCCAUGAAUUUCAGCUUUGUCACCUGAAUUCAAAUAACACUCAUCCUCGUCGUUUGAUUUGUUUUAUACCUUGAAAUAUAUUUCCACUAAAUACCACAGAUUGUUUCUGGGUUUUUGAUGAAUUCCUCACUUCUAAAGAGCCUUUACCAUGCCAUCUUCCUCUGGAAGAUCGAGAACCUGGAAACUUCUGGAAAACGAAAAUAAUUGGAUCAUCCCAUGGGGUGUCUUUUUCAUCCCAACGGAGAAUAUUAUGUGCCAGAAAGCAGAUGGAUGCAAGAGAAAUACUUCAUGUUUUUGUGGAACCCUUCUAUUAGGAAAUAUAAGAGGGUGGACCAUCCAUUACAGGUCCCUUCAAGGGAUAGAUACAAAACGAUGAGUAUGUUGAUGGGAUUUGGAUAUGCCUCCAAUGAUCGUGAUCACAAGAUUAUCGUAAUCACCACAGAUGAAUACAACAAGGAUCGUGUUUUCCUUUACUCUCUAAGGAAGAGUUCUUGGACUGAAAUCAGACUCAGAGCAAAACUUAAAUAUUGGGGAUGCCUUGUAACAGAAGAUGACUCCGGGACUUAUUUCAAUGGAGCUUUUCACCAGGUGGCUUAUACCAGUGAGAAAAGCAAGGCAGUAAUACAUUGGUCGGAUAAUUAUCGUAUAAUGGUGUGCUUCCAUGUCGACAGGCAGGAGUUGUACUACUUCGACCUAAUACCAACGCAGAUGCAACCAUACAAAGGUCAAGGUCGGCGUUACCAACCCCUUGUUUACAAGAACAUGCUCGCGAUUUGUGACAUAAUGGGGUAUGUGAUUCUAAAUGAUCCUACUUAUUCCUAAGCAUAAGAUUGUGGUGUAAGAUGGCAUACAGGAACACCAGUUCUUGGACUUUUUUGUUUGAAGUGCAGACACAGAAGGGUUGGUUGUUCCGCCAACUCCUCUAUGGAGCAUACUACGAUGAAGACGAUGACAAUGAGGAUUCAUCGUUGUUAGCUAAAGAUUUAGUAUGGACGUCUGAUCCUCAUAAUCAACAACUUAAGCCACUCCCUACAAAAACCGGUAUUCUUAAUCAAUUAAUUACAUACGAGGAAAGCCUUAUUCUUCUGUGAUCAUUUGCUAGUGAUUUUUGUUUUGGAUCUUGCUCUUUUCAUCAAUUUAUUGUGGAAUUUUUACUA